AAUGGUUUCAGCAUAUUCAGUUGGAAAUGGUAAAAGAUCCAAUGAAGUUCAACAAGGACCUGACACCCCAGGACCUGGACAAUACUCUGGAGACAAGAAACAAAAAUACACUCCUCCCAGUUUCAAGUACCAAUCCUCAUUAUAAAAGGAUUCCACAAGCACAAAGAUAAACGUUUUAAUCAAGCUUCACUCCAGGACCAGGAGCAUAUGCUUCUUCCGAUGUAUACUCUCUCUCUAACUUAGAACCUACUCAAAGGGCCCAAGUUUUCAUUUGCUGGCAAAAAACAAUAAUCGGUUACCUCCUUUUAACCUGGACCAGGAGCUUACAAUGUAAAACCAACUAAACAAGCUCCUUUAUACAGUUUUGGUGGCAAAUAUGGAAGCCACCCCGAUGAUUAAUAACCAGGACCAGGAGAAUAUUAAUUAAGCAAAUAAUUGGAUGCUCCAUCCAUGAAGUAACUCUUAUCCUCAUUUUCUUAGAUUUCCUAGAUCCAAAAGAGAUGAUCCUCAUUUGGAAAAAGUACCUGGACCAGGAAGUAUUAUUACUAAUUUUAUUCAUUACAAGCCUACAAACAAGAAAGACCGGAAUCUGCUCCCAAGUACCGUUUUGGCAAUGCCUAAAGAAGAGGACUCUAUGACAACGAACUUGGAAAAGUGCCAGGACGUAUAUUAAUUCACUAUUUAAUCAUAGCUGGAUAAUACAAUUAUCAAUCAUAAUUUGAGUCUAUCCAACCUAAGGGUUUUACUUUGGUCUCUAGGAAAGAAUAAUCUUCAUAAUAACUUGUUGUCCCUGGGCCUGGAGCAUAUGAUCCAUAACCAGUUAAAAGACCUCCUUCCUGUAAGAUUGGCAAGUCAAUGAGAGGAUUGUAGUUUGCCAAUCCUAAUCCAGGACCAGGAGAAUAUGAACCUUAAAUUGACACAGUUCGACCCUAAUCAGCCAUGGUCAGAGUAGGAUCAGCCUCGAGAAGACCACUAAAUGAUGUAAAGGGAGUUCCUGGACCUGGAACUUAUGAUUUACCAUCAAAAAUGGUUGAAGGGCCAUAAGUUAAAAUAUUGGGUCAUAAAUACGAUCCUGUUCAGGCUCAAAAGGAUUAGGUACCAGGACCUGGUUAAUAUGAACGUCCCAUUAUGUAAAGGCCAUAAUCAGCCAAGUAAUUGUUAACUCAAACUAUAAUUUCAGAAUUGGUACUUCCAGAAGAUAAGACCUUAAUUCCACUUUAGAUGUUCCAGGACCUGGUCAAUACAAAACUAAGGAAAAAUUAGGAGGACCUUCUUGGGGAUUUGGUACAGGUAAACGACCACCUUUGAAUCCUAAAAAUGACACUCCUGGACCUGGUGGAUAUGACUAAGGAAAUGAAUUUGGGUCUGUACCAAAAUAUGCUAUGAAGAAAAUACCAUGA